CAAAGCUAAGCUAACGUGGCGAGUAAACAGUCAGAAAAUAGCACCGCUGUGUAAAUUUAGCUCCUGCAAAUCGUUUAGUGAAUUUGAUUUAUCGUCUCCAGCAGGUUAAACUGCUUUGGGUCCUUUAGUUUACUUUUCUCCGGUGUCCUGCUCGGCUAAUUCCGCCCUGCUGCCCGUGUUUGUCCGCUGUCAGACGUGAUCCAUCCUGUCCGGUAAUGGUUUAACUGUAGUGUCAGUUAAGAGCUGUGAACUGGUGUAACUGGUUCAUAAUCAGCUGGGAGCCGUCAGAAAGAUGUCUGACCGCGGCGGGUUCAGGUGGACGGUGGUGGUUCUGACCUGCCAACACAAAGACAGCGUCUAUUCCUUCCAGAGAGAGCUGGAGUUGCGGCAGCAGCGUGGCUCCAUCUCUCAGGGUGCGUUGGUUUUGACCGUGCGGGACCGCCAGGAGCCACUGGGCAGCGGAGGGGCAACGCUGAACGCUCUGCUGGUCGCUGCUGAACACCUGAGCAACAGAGCAGGAUACACUGUGGUGACAGCUGACGUCUUGGAUGACGCUCACAUCCUCAUCCUCCACACAGGUCGUGACUUCCCCUGGAGCUCCUGCAGCAGAGCGUUCUGCUGGCUGCCUUCAGAGAAACACGACCAGAGAGUCCAGGCUCCGCUGUGUUGCCUGGACCUGCUGCUGGACUGCCUCAGUACCCAAAUCUGUCCUGGUUCCCCUCCUGGUGUUUGGGUCUGCAGCACAGACAUGAUCCUCAGCAUCCCUCAGGACUUUGUUUUGUCCUGGGAGGGUUUCUCAGGUGUUCGGGUUUUGGCGUUGCCAGGCAACGUCUCCUACGCAGCCAAUCACGGCGUCUACCUGUCCGACCAACAGGGUCGGGUCAGAGACAUCAUCUACAAGGGAACAAAGGAGCAGAUUCAACAGGCUGUGAUGCCUGAUGGGAAAGUGCCACUGGUGUCGGGUCCAGUCUUCUUCAGCAAGUCUGUAUCAGAGAAGCUGCUGCAGACUCACGUCACUCCUCCUCUGGACGGCUGCACCUACCUGGGCCUGGACUCUGGAGCUCCGCCCCUCCAGGUUUCUCUGUUCCUGGACAUGUUGAAGUGUCUCUGCUCAGAUCUGACUCAGGAUCAGUUUGUGAGCGGAGAGAGAGCAGGCUGCAGUUCAGUUGUUGGACCACAGGGAGCGAUGGUGAGAAGCGGCAGGACGGAGCUGUGGAGGAUCCUGAGAGGAGCUCCACUCAGUCUGGUUUACGUCCCCGGCGGUCGCUAUGACUACCUGACCCUGUUUGGGAAGCAUCACGUGGAGCGACUGAGCCGUGAUUGGACGGACAAAAACACUCUGUCUCACAUCCAGAAAGAGAGCCAGGUGGAUGAAGGAGGGCGAGUGAUCAACAGCGUCCUGGAGGGAGACGUUACCGUGGCGACUGGAGCGGUGGUGCAACACUGUCACCUGCAGGGUCCUCUGGAGGUCCCGUCUGGUUGUUUACUGUCGGGUCUGGAGUUGAUGACAUCACAGUGUAUUAGGCAGCUGCAGCUGGCCGAUGACAUCAUCAUCCAGGAACAUCGAAUAACGGUGGGGGAGCUGAAGCUGAACGUGUACACGGUGACGGGAGCACAGGACGACCUGGAGGUCUCCUGUGAUGACAGCAGCGCCUCCUUCCUGAACCAGAGAUGGAGUCUCUUCUUCAGCAGAACAGGAAUCCAGCCGGAGGAGUUGUGGGUGAGAGGAGAACAGCGCUCCCUCCUGGAGGCCCGACUCUUCCCCGUCCUCCACCCCAGAGACGGUGCUGUGGGUCUGGAGGGAGGUGUCGGCUGGCUGCUGGGUGGUGCCGGCUGCCUGCGGAGGUGGAGGGAGGCGUGGAGGCUCUCUCUGAAGGAGGUGAUGUCGCUCACCUGCCAGGAGGCGGAGCUGCGGUGGAGGGAGGAGUUACUGUUCCUGGCAGGGAGGAGGAGAGUGAUGGAUGCUCUCAGGAGUCGCUCAGACGUCUGCCUGCUGCCUUGCUUCAGGGCUGCGGUGCUGGGAGGCCAACAAGGGGCGCUGCUGGAGACGCUCGACAGCAUUGCAGCAGGUAGCAGGAUGCAGGAGGCGGAGUCAGGGGUGGGGUCAGGUGCAGAGCUGGGUGUGGCCGCUCGCUGCCUCUCCUGUAUUGCUGAUGUGUUGGUUUGCAUGGCGGGGGGGAAGGGAGGCCUGAGGAGCGGGCCAGCUGCUAACGAGACCUGGAGCUCCGCCUACCUCCUGUUAGAGGAGGGUGACCUGAGGGGCGGGGUCAACGCCCUGGCUAUGCAGAGAGCUCAUUGGCUGAGCAGGCCCGACCUGCUGGUUCGGGCGGCGCGGCACUACGAAGGUGCUGGACAGGUGCUCCUACGACAAGCUGUGAUGUCAUCGCAGAGGUUUAUCUCCAUUGGCCAGGGUGAGGUCCCGCCCCUUGAGGAGUGGCAGGAAGUGGAGUGUCCAGCCAGACUUGACCUGGCAGGUGGCUGGAGCGACACGCCGCCCAUUGCCUUUGAGCACGGCGGCUCUGUGACCAACGUCGCAGUGAAAGUUGAUGGGAAGCGUCCUAUUGGUGCCCGGGCUCGACGCAUCAGAGAGCCCCGCCUCGUGCUGGUCAGUCACACUGGAGGGCGUGACAGUGGCGUUUCCACGGAGACGGUUUGUGACAGCCUGGAUGACCUGAGGGACUACUGUCAGCCUCACGCACCUGGAGCGCUGCUGAAGGCAGUGUGUGUGUGCAGUGGUUUGGUGUCUCUCUCCUCCCAGCAUGCUCUGGGGGAUCAGCUGAUGCAGCGGUGGGAAGGAGGGGUGGAGCUCCACAGCUGGUCGGUGCUGCCCACUGGAUCUGGACUGGGUACCAGCAGUAUCCUGGCGGGGGCGCUGUUAGCCGCAGUCUACAGGUGCACCGGUCGAACCUACGACACAGACUCUCUCAUCCACGCCGUCCUCUACCUGGAGCAGAUUCUCACCACAGGUGGAGGCUGGCAGGAUCAGGUGGGAGGUCUGGUGGGUGGAAUCAAGGUGGGACGCUCCAGAGCAUCUCUGCCGCUGCAGGUGGAGGUGGAACGUCUCAGUCUUCCAGAGGACUUCCUGGUUUCUCUGGAGCAGCACCUCCUGCUGGUGUACACCGGAAAAACUCGCCUGGCUCGCAACCUGCUGCAGGAUGUAGUUCGUAGCUGGUACAGCCGUUUGCCGUCGAUGGUCCAGAACGCCCAGCAGCUGGUGGCCAACUCAGAGGAAUGUGCUAAAGCCUGUUCAGACGGUUCUCUGUCCAGACUGGGUCUGUGUCUUGACCGCUCGUGGCAGCAGAAGAAGCUGAUGGCUCCUGGCUGUGAGCCGGCGUCAGUGAGGGCCAUGAUGGACGCCCUGAGGCCGCUGGUCCUCGGUCAGAGCCUGGCUGGGGCCGGAGGUGGGGGCUUCCUCUACCUGCUGACCCGGGAGCCUCGACAGCAGCAGGCAGUGCUGCAGGUCCUCCACAACACACCGGGUCUGGGAGACUUCAGUGUUCACUCAGUGGAGCUGGACAUGGACGGGAUUAAAGUCCUACCAACAUCCUGAGGACACACACAUACACACAUACAGAGAUUUUUAACCAGAGCCUCCAUGAAUCAAGCAAAGAAUAAAACCCCACAAAACUAACUCUAAUUUUUUUUAAUCUAAAUUAACAAUUCAUGGAAUUUAUGGAAAAAUAACACACACAGUAUUUCAGGGAUAAAAUGAAGAGUUUUGGUUCUUUAACUUUGGUGUAUUUUGAUGCUGCAGAUCAUUUUGUAUUUCAGCUUUAAUAAUGAAUGUAAAUGAUUGAUCAGUGUUGAUCUUUGUGAUGUCAUCAGUGUUGGACGGUACAUUAUAACUGUUAUUCAGACACUUUAACGUCUCCUUGUGAAGGAGGAAGGUUUGAUUAAAAAGAAGAAGAUGAAAUAUUAGAGUCAUAACAGUCUGUUAAAGUGUGGGAACACUUUUGGGAUUUGCAACCACCAGUGAGUCCUGAUCAGUCAAUAAUUGAUCCUUACAGUAGUGUUAAUAACUUCUGAGUUCAAACUCAUGUGGAAUGUGAGUCAAUAUUAAAUAUAUAAAUACAUAAAUGAAUGAUAUGGGUAUGAAAUCAUCCUGAAAAGUAAAUAUGAGGCAAUAAUAUAUAUAUAUAAAUAAAUGUAAAUACAUAAAUUAGUCAAUAUAAUUGAAUAAAUAAAUAGGUUUUUAUUUUCAUUUUUUAAAGGCCAUUUUUGAAAGGACUACUUUUAUUGAUAAUUAUUAUUAUUUUAUUGCCUUAUUAAUUUAUUUUAGGAUUUCAUAGCCAUAUUUAUUAAUUUUACAGGCACAUUUAUUUAUGUAUUUGUUUAUUUAAUAUUUACUUAAAUGGUCAUACAUUAGGGCUAAUGUGUCAAUAUAAAUGUGAAGGAUUUUUUUCUAUUUUAUGAAUGUAUUUUUUUAAAAUUAAGCUGUGGGAUUUUUCCAAAGAUUCUGUCCAGUAUUUGAUUUAAG